AUGCUCAAGUCCAGCAGAGACCCCAAGGAGGCUAAGCUUUUGGUGAGAUUGGAAUGUGGGGUUUUGAUGGCAAUGUUCAUAAUGCAGCUGGUGGCGUUAGUGUUGAGUUGUGCCGUGCAUAACUGUUGGGUUAGAGAGUACGAGGGGUUGGAAGCUGAGAGAGAGGCUACAGCCAAAAAGAGGAAUAGAAGGAUUGCAAGAGUCCAAGAGGAAUCCAUUGCAAAUGUAGCUAAAAUUACCGAGGUUAAAGCAAAGGAGUUUGAAGAGAAGAUGAAGAGCAAGCAUGGCCACUGCCAGUGGGUUAAAACAGAUUUUGAAGGCUAA